GGGCGCCGAAAGCAAACAGGCCAGCAUAUGCGAGAAAAGCUUAAGAGUAAAAGAAAGAUCUGGGGAGGGGUGUUGGUUGGAGGAUGAAGUCUCGCUCCCCUGAAUAUCAACACUUACCUUACACUAUCUCUCUCAUUAGUUCGUCCCUCAUUAAAAAAUUAAUAUAUAAUCUGUAGGGCUAUUGUUACUCCUACUGAGAACCUCUUGUCUAAAAAGGUGAGAUCCUCAAGGACUUUACACACGCCGGAAAAGACAGUUGUUCUUUGUCCAUUGAUUCUCAACACAUAGAGGCUUAAGAACCUCUUUAAAAUUGUGUAUCACGGUCGCUGACCACCUGAUGGAAACUGAGUCUUCACUCUAUUUCGUAGUACUACAUAAUACAUUUUCCACUUUCGGUCUAACAAAGGAUGAACGAGCAACAUCACCGACAGUACGUGUGACACAGGCUGAGAAUCUAGGACUCAGACAAUCCAUAGUACAAUUAUGAUUCACUCGAUUGCAGCUUGUGGUAUUCAGCGUAUACAUAGCAAGUAAUGUUGUGGAGACUGCAUUAUAAGUUAUGGAAAUACUGCGUUCAUUUAGUGCUAACAGUGUCGGAGAUGGAGCGAAGGAGGAGGACUGUCCACAGGAAGGUUCUUGAGGACGAUGACGAAGAUGACCACAGCGAUGUCUGCCUCUCGCCCAAAGCUGUCAUCCUCCUGACCCUCUUCUCCAUCUUCUUAUUCUCCCUUCUCGUGGUGGUCAUCGUUCUGGCUUUCGCUGGAGGCUCCGCCCCUGACUAUGACGAGGAAGAAGCGAUAGGCAUCGCAAAGCGGAGCGGGAAUGAGCAGUACAGCCUGCCGGAUAUGGCUCAAAUCUCAAACUGGGGGCAAGAUGGGAUCGGAGUGAUGAUUGAAGCUUCAAAAUUGAGCCGUGAACAUCACGAGGAAUACAUUAUAGGCUACAGACAGUUCUUUUUCAACAAAUACCUAAAUGACCGGAUAUCUAUGAGGAGGAGAUUGCCGGACACUCGGCCGGUUGGCUGUGAGGACGCCGCCGUUGACCAUUCCCAGAUGACGCUGACGGCUUCUGUUAUUGUAGUAUUUUACAAUGAACCAUGGACCAUGCUACUGAGGACAGUGUACAGUAUAGUCGACAGGUCCCCAGCAGCGUUGCUGAAGGAGGUUAUACUAGUCGACGAUGGCUCCACAGCCGACUGGUUACUGUAUCCAAAGUUGGAGCAUUACUUGUCGGUACUCACAAAGGUUCAGAUCUUACGCCUGCCGGCCAAAGUUGGUUUGACUAAAGCGCGCAAGCUUGGUGUAGCAGCGAUGUCUGGUGAUGUCGUUGUGUUCCUCCAUGCCAGCUGCGAAUGCACGACAGGCUGGCUCCUGCCACUUCUGAAACGAAUUCUGAACGACAAUGUCUCCAUGGCGGUGCCUGUGGUGAAUGCAAUCAACGCAGAUACGUUCAAAUAUACAGCUGAACCCAUGUCGAUGACAACAGUAGGGUCUUUUACUUGGGAUUUUAGAAUCACCAAGAGACCGGUCAAGGAGGUGCCAACGUCUUGGGAUGAAAGGGUCACUUGUCCAGUGGUGGCCGACGGCAUCUUCGCUGUCCACAGGAAAACAUUCCUUAGUCUCCGAGGCUAUGAUGAGCACCUGGAGGGCAUGGAUGCAGUGCACAUGGAACUGUCCAUCAGAACUUGGAUGUGUAGUGGUGGUCCCAUUGAGAUGGUCUUGUGUUCACAAGUUGGCUACCUGAAACCCAAGCCUCGAUCUCUGACAGAGGAUGAAUUAGAGUCCAGCUACUCGAAAGACAGGAUAUUGAUUUCAGAGAAAUGGAUGGGGGAUUACAAGAUAUUUGUCAUGGAGAGAUUGCCUUCGUUGCCCAUAGAGCCUGCGCCAAGAGAUCGUCCUUCUCUUUCUGGAGACCUCCAGUGCCACAGUUUUAGCUGGUACUUGCAAAACGUAGAGCCGGCACUGAUGCUGCACGGGGUCAUCGCCAAACGAGGAAAGCUGACCCAUAUGGUCAAUGAGACAGUGCUGAUUAUGGCUGUAGAAGGUACGAAUGCUGCUUUAGUAGACUGGUAUGUGAGACCAACGACAAUUUGGUACCUCAUGGAAUCAGGGCAGCUAAAAACGAUUGAUAACGUGUGUCUUGUUGCCAAAGUCAAUAGAAAGACCAACCCCAUCAUCCAAUUGGGUCACCUCAGUGUUACAAAGGAAGCAGCCAAUCACGUACACUCCCAGCUUCAACUAGAGCCAAAGAAAGAGACUUCGGGAGAACUAGAUGCCAGCCAGGACAGAAGACAUGGCUUCAGAAAACUACAAUCUUAUUUCAAAGACUUGCAGCCAUUGCAAGACGGUGAAAAGUCGGAAGACAAUAACGACAACCAUGCCGAGGAAGCCAUAUUGCAGUUCCGCAAAGAAUAUGCUCAAUAUCAGGAAAACGGAAAACCUGAUUGGCUGAUUCCAGACAAACAAAGUCUUGCGUUGACAUCACAAGCCGAAUCUUCCAAAGCGCAGCAGACGACCAAAUUUAGUUCACAUAUAUUUUUGCCAAAAGGAAGCAGAAAAGAAAAGGGUUCUUACAAUAUAAUGAGGGCACAAACAACAAAUAAAUUGAGAACUGUUCCAGAUAUUAAUGUCAAGGUCGAGUCUUGCCAGUCCAGAUUUGGCAGGCGCAAUCACUGGAUGUUUACAAAAACUGGAGUCUUGCGUCACAUUAGGCUCAACGUGUGUCUGUCUGUGCACAAAGGAACAGUCUACGAGUUACAGCUGCGGCAGUGUGAUGACAUGGACCCCAGUCAAAUAUGGCAUUUCUUAGGUCUAAAUCUCACCAUGUGAACCAAGAGACAUUCCUACAAGCCCAACUGUGAUCAGUUUAGACAUUGAAUGACACAACAGACAUCCAAGAAGUUGACAUUGCAUAAGCAUAAACCACGUUAUUUUUAAGUACAUACAUGAACGGGUUAUUUCGCCUGUUGAUGUUAGUCACACUAGAUGUAAAGAUCCUCCUACGAGUCGUACAAUGAGAUCAGACUUCUUGUACUAUGGAUGCCUUUAGAAAAGUCUGUGAGGACGUGUAGCUUGAUUGACUAACGGACCGAAAAAAUCUUUGGUCCGUGGUGCUGGCCACACAACACCAUAGGUAACUAUUGACGAGAUUAAUCGGUUUAUCUUCACAUCAUCUGCCUCAAAGACUUUAAACUUUUAGCUUUCGAAAUGUAAUGUAUACAUCGUAAAGCAUAAGACUUAAUUUUAUAACUUUCUAAAAAAAAAUAUUUGAUUCGUUCCUUUUUUUUAAAUUCAGUUCAUGUUUUUUUUUUAAAUUAACGUAUCUAUUUAGUUUUGUUUGAUACAUUAUUCCUACACAUGUGACAAAGUUCUUGUUAGUUUUUUAAACUGAAGGCUCAGUUAGUUUUCUUUAGCCUUUCAUAUAAGAUAAUAUACAUUGGUCUUAAAGCACUACACUAUAUAGAAGUAUUGUUAGAAAAAAAACGGCUCAUGCAGAAGACUGCCCACCCUUCUUAAAUAAAUUACCAUUUAUUUUAAAGAUUAGAACUAGACCCACAAGAAUAACCGCACGGUUUCCAUUAAUUAUGAAGAUAGAAUAUGCCCAUUAUGUACUCAUGAAACAGGCGAUGCCUUUUAUUAUCUACUGGUGUGUGAGCAUUUUAAAUUAUACAGAAGAUCGCAGUGGGCCCCCACUUUCAAAGGAUCCGCAUUUUUUAUUGGACCCGCGCUAAUUCAAGGUGUAUAAAUUAUUAUAAAUUAAACCAUUUUAUAACUUAAAACAGAUUUCUCGCGCCCUCCUGUCGAUUUACCAGGAGCUUCUGGAAAUCUCCCGAAAUUGUGUAAUCAGGUGAAAGAAGCUUCUCGUGCCUCAAACUAAUGAAGAAUUACUUGAGGUCAACAAAUUUUCAAAGAUAGAUUGAAACAUUUGGUAGUUCUUGCUUUUGAGCGGGAUCUAUGUAGGAAACAGAAUUAUAAUGAUAUACUGUAUGACUUAGCUACACGCAAGGCUCGUAAAGUAAUUCUAUACGUAGUAAAGAAUGAAUAAAAUGCAUAGACGAAUUUAUUUUCUAAUUCAAACUCUUUAAAUUUCACUUAUUGUCUACUUCCCUACCCAAACUUGGCCCCGCAAAAUCCGUUUCGAAUAGGACCCCACAAGUCCGGCCCUGCUAUUUAGUGUUUGUAAAAUGUUUGUAAAAUGUUUUACAUGUUUCGGAUGUUCCUUCAGAGUUGAAGAUAGUUUACUUUUUAUUCCAAACCUCCCGCAAGACGAAGGGGGAUGGGAGCGGACCGGGUUUGAGAGUCCAGCGCGCAGCCAUCAAUAGCGACGUGUGAAUACCCACGUGUUCUCCCCUCCCCCUCUUGUUUUUUCGUGGGAUGACUAUCCGCAGAAAUAAAAGAGUGAUCUUUCCUUUACUUCUUGCUUCUCGUCCAAACUCUUGAGGGAAGGAGAGAAAUAUAUAUAUAUAUAGAUAGAUUAUUCUCCAAGUGUGUGUUGCUAUGUUGAUGGCUUGGAUUGUAAUUAGGUGCUCGAUAACCAUUUCACUGUUUGUGAAUCGCGUGAUCUGGUAGUUGCGAUACUGUUGUUCAUUAUUAUUGUUAUAAUUUAUAUUACCAAUUUUAUUAUAAUUACUGUUCAUUGAUUAUGUGUAUAUUGUUUUUGUUUACUAUUUUGAUUGCCUUUGUAGCACGUGUGCUUUGUGGCCAAACAAAUACAAUUGUGAAAUGGUCAACGCGCUCUAUUAGCUUUGAGCCACGAAAGAAGACUUGGGUUUUAGUCUAAACCAGAUUUUUUUGGAAGUGAAGGCCCUGUCAAAGAUUUUUGUGGAGCCCAGAUAAUACUUCAAGUUCUGAUAUAAUUGCACUUCAUAAUAUUAAUAGAUCUUGUUUUAAAAAGUCGUAUUAGUAAAGGUAGAAAUACAGUAGAUGCAAAUUUAGUCUCAAUUUCAUUUUUUCCCUUUAUAUUUAAUAUACAAGUUUUGUUUUUAAAAAUUAUUUAUUGUGAAAUGUUGAGAUUCUCAUUCUCGUGCUGUUCCAACCCAGAUCUUAACCAGACGCAGUUCUGCUUAAGUCUUCACUUAUUUCUCUGACUGUUCCAUGACAGACGGUGCUAUGCUCGAAUGCGUACAAUAAGUUUAUUUCUCUCGCACUUGGUACCACAUUUAUGCGAAUGUCUACUCAAGUCUAGAGGGACAAUUUGUUUUAAGAAGUUUCACUUUCUUCCAUUGGAAACAUUUCUACAUUUCAUGUAUGUGAUACUCAUGAAUCAUGGGAUGUUGUCUAUGUCGAGGUUUCUUUGUAAUGCGGAUGAGUCUUGUGAUAUGUUGUAGACUAUAUGUAAUGUAAGCUAAUGAAAAGUAUUUUUGUGAUAUCUAUGAAUCGUCUGAUGUAGGCGUAUUGAAAUCUCUGUGAUGUUCAGGGCUAUUGAGUCAUGUGAUAUAGGCUAUGUAUCAUGCCCUGUUGAGUCAUGUCAUCUAGGCAAUGUAAAGUCACUGUGUGAUGAUCUGUUGAGUCAUGUCAAGUAGGCUAUGUAAGGUCACUGUGUGAUUGCCUGUUGAGUCAUGUCAAGUAGGCUAUGUAAGGUCACUGUGUGAUUGCCUGUUGAGUCAUGUCAAGUAGGCUAUGUAAGGUCACUGUGUGAUUGCCUGUUGAGUCAUGUCAAGUAGGCUAUGUAAGGUCACUGUGUGAUUGACUGUUGAGUCAUGUCAAGUAGGCUAUGUAAGGUCACUGUGUGAUUGCCUGUUGAGUCAUGUCAAGUAGGCUAUGUAAGGUGACUGUGUGAUUGCCUGUUGAGUCAUGUCAAGUAGGCUAUGUAAGGUCACUGUGUGAUUGCCUGUUGAGUCAUGUCAAGUAGGCUAUGUAAGGUCACUGUGUGAUUGCCUGUUGAGUCAUGUCAAGUAGGCUAUGUAAGGUCACUGUGUGAUUGCCUGUUGAGUCUUGUCAAGUAGGCUAUGUAACGUCACUGUGUGAUGCCCUACUAAACUAUGUGAAGUGGACUUAGGUCUUUGUGUGAAGUCAAUUAAUUACAUACUAUAGUUUCUGAUCUACGUGAUGGCUUUAAGUCACGUUGCAGACUAUGUUAAAAGUCUCAUUCUGCUGUGAGUUUAUGCCGAGUUUUGUUUUGAAUACUAUCUGCAUGCAUGGCUGUUUGGGUUGCAAGGUUGUUUAUGAUAGUUUAUUGUGGUUGAGCGAUGGUUGUGAUUUGUUGACAUUAAUACUUUUUAAAUGUUAUUUAAAUUAUUAUUUCGUUUACUCUAUUGAUGCUGCUGAUAUUUUUUAACUGUUACAAACAUCAUUACAAUAUAUUUUUGUUACUAUGAAUAAAUAAAUUGACAUGAACAGAA